CAGUGGUCCAGGAGCAAAGCAUCAGUGGGAAAUGCGGCGGUUCUUUCUCAGCUGAUCCGUGAGUGAUUGAGGGGGCGAACUGGCUGAAGUUUGUUCAGCGGGAAAGGGAGAGCAGACGGAUAGAAUGGCUACUUCAUCUCUCGAGGUUUUUCCUUUCAAGGACCCGGAGCUGCCAACACACCUGCUAAGUCAACUGAACAGUCUUCGCCAUGACCAGAUCUUUACAGAUGUACUUCUAUGCACAGAAGACCAGGAGAUCCCUUGCCAUCGUAACGUCUUGGUUUCCAGCAGCCCCUAUUUCCGUGCCAUGUUCUGUAGCAACUUCCGAGAGAGCAACCAGGCUCGCGUGGACCUGAAGGGCAUCUCGUCAGAGGUCCUGAGUGGCAUUGUGGACUACAUCUAUACUGGCUCCAUCACCAUCUCUAUGGAGCUUGUUCUGCCACUGAUGCAGGCGGCAUCAAUGUUGCAAUACGGACGCCUGUUCGAGGCAUGCUCUGUGUUCUUGCAAGGGCAGCUCAACCCGGACAACUGCCUGAGCAUGAUCCGACUCUCGGAGAUCCUGCACUGUGACAGCUUGCGCGAUCGGGCCAAGGAGAUGGCGGUGCGGAGCUUCUCUGACGUGGCGGCGUCGGAGGACUUCUGCGAGCUCUCCCUGCCAGAGCUCAUGUGCUACCUGGAGGACGACCGGCUCUGCGCCGAGGAGGAGCAGGUGUUCGAGACGCUGCUGGCGUGGAUCCACCACGACCCGUUCUCGCGCCGAGGCGCCAUCCACGACCUCUUCAAGAAGGUGCGCCUCCGCUACAUUCACCCGACUUACCUCUUCCAGUUCAUAGCCAACGACCCCCUUGUGCAGUCGUCUACGCUGUGCACGGAGAUCAUCGAGUCGGUGCGCCGGCUCAUGUUCUCGGUCAGCACCAAGUGCAUGGGUGAGCUCAAGCCACUCUGGACGACGCCUCGCCGCUACACCUGCCACGAGACUCUGGUCGUAGUCGGCGGCCGCAAGAACAACGAGCAGACCUCUCGCGAGGCUCUGCUCUACGACGAGCGAACUCAGCGCUGGCAGUGGCUGGCCAAGCUGCCGCUGCGGCUCUACAAGGCGGCGUACGUGUGCAUUCACAGCAUCUUGUACGUGGUGGGCGGACUUAGCCUCAGCCUUGCGUCCGGCGACAGUGCAGUCAGCGCCACUGUGUACACACUGUCGCUGAAAACCAACCAGUGGCGCACUGCCGAGCCCAUGUUGGAAGCACGCUACGCCCAUCAGAGCGUCUCCUACCUGCACUUCAUCUUUGCUCUUGGGGGCAUUGGAGCAGACAAGCAGAUCUCCAACACAGUGGAACGGUACAACAGCAUGUUCAACCAAUGGGAGGCCAUGGCACCUAUGCCAACACCUGUACUGCACCCAGCCGUGGCUGCCAAUGACCAGCGAAUCUACGUAUUUGGAGGGGAGGAUGCUAUGCAGAACCCAGUCCGAUUGAUUCAGGUCUAUCAUAUCUCUCGCAAUCAUUGGUCAAGGCUGGAGACCAGGACAGUUAAGAACGUGUGUGCACCUGCUGCUGUGAUAGAAGACAAAAUAUACAUUGUUGGAGGCUACACCAGACGGGUCAUCGCCUACGACACCAAGGCCAACAAGUUUGUGAAGUGUGAGAACAUGCGCGAGAGAAGGAUGCACCACUCGGCGACCGUCAUCAACAACAAGCUCUACGUCACCGGCGGUCGAUUUCUCAACAGCCACGACGCCAUCGAAGACUCCGACUGCUUCGAGUGUUACGACCCAAAAACGGACGUGUGGACUUCUAAAGGCUCGCUGCCGUAUAAGCUGUUUGAUCAUGGCUCCCUCCCGCUCAUCUGUGUUUCCAACAGGCCCAACCCGCCGUGAAACCCCGGGGGUAGGAUCCACACGGAAAUGUGUUGCUUCUCAGAUGCCCCCCACCUUUCACCCAUCAAUCCCCCAGAACGGCAAAGACUUAUGGGCCCCACAGCUGGUACCGGGAAGCAUCUAGGCCUGCUCAGAUUCCCCCGAUGGCUGCGGGGGCGCCCUGCAUUGCAGCGCUGGAGAAUGCUUCUGGAGCUGGAGCAUCUGCCGCGUCCUAAAUCAAAAGGAGAUUUUUGGGCUGGCGAGCCGAGUUGUCACAUCGAACGAGCGCCCUGGGGGAGUGCGCAGCAGGAGUGUGCCCAGAGGACAUGGGAGACUUGUGCAACCCUCUGCUGCUGUGCGCACAGAGAUGGGGCCCCUCACUGAUGCGUGGCUCGUGCCCCAAAUACUCUCCCCCUCACCAUCUAAUCCUGCAAAUAGAACUGAAAAGGGCCUGGAUAUUAGUAUGCAUGAUAGGACAACUUGGUUUGGAGGCUAUUUAUCGCUUAAGGGUACCAACAGAGCUUUUUUUCCAUCAGAAAAGCAUUGACGCCACAUGACACCAUUAAGGCAUUAAAAAAAACGUUGUGGAUAAUAUACAUUCCUGCCCUGAAACCUUGGGCUAAUGUUUUCACAUGCUAACAGAAUUGCUGAAUGUUAGAUUACAGGAGCUGAUGAUUUUGGGAUAAAAGUGAGAUUCAGCAGGUGGCCCACGUCCCCAAGACAAUGCGGCCACUUACGUGAGGAGAUGAUUGGUUUUGGCUGAAUCCCUUCAGUGGGCGUUUGGGAAUGACAAGAGCCAUCUUGUGUGAUGAGAGACCAGCAGGAUGUGCUCUCUGCCAGUGUAACUGUCUCUCCUCACUGCUUCAGAGAUCUGCUCUUGAGCACAAGGUGUUAUUGUAUUUGAGAGGAAGACUCUGUAGCGGUGAUGACACAUUUCCAGAAAUGACUCCUGUAUGGCAAUAAAAGUGGAUCCUAUGGAGAGAGUAUGAGAAAAGACAAUUGACAGUUAAGGGCUAGGACAUGAGAGAAAGAAGGCAAAAUGGAGAUGAAAGCACAUUUGACGUGUUUGGCCUUCUCUUAAAAGCAGUCAUUUUGAGACAUACUCGACACAAAGAUGUCCCUGUACUGAGUGGUUUGCCAGACUUGCAGGUCACUUAGGAGUGCCUUAAUACCAUUGAUACACAACUACAGGAGGGAAAAGGAAAGGCGUCUCUGGUUUCACAGCGGACGCCGCCAGUGUCCUAUCCAGCUGAUUCCAUUCUGAGCUAAAGCACAUUUCACCCUGCGGUGCCAGAUAGCCCUUGACAACUGUAGCCAUGGGAACCAGGAGCCAAAUGACUAAGACAGACCUGUUUUCCCACUAGUCUUAUGGAGACAGAUGUAUAUGACACUAUACAAAGUCAUUUUUGCACCCACAACACUACUACUUUGUAUACAACUGCACUAUCCAGUGACAAAGACAACUUCUGCAGAGGUUUAACUUUUGAUUGUAGACUGUGAAUGCAUUUAUAUUUUGUCUCUUCUUCCUGUGACUGUUUUGUAAUUAUUUGAUAUAAAACAUGUCUAUAAUCAAAAGUGAUACAUAAAAAAACAGGGGUCGU